AUGGCGCGACCGCUCGACAGGCUGUUGCUUGCUGCAGACAAACAUGUGUCCAAGCAUUCCCUCAAGAUGCCCUGGGAGCGCGGGGCGAUGAGAGCAGUGUUUUCGCAGAGCGACCUGAGUUCACUUUCCCAGUGCAGUGUGCCAGCUCCUCUGCAGACGGAGCCCCUGGAUUCCGCUUCUUUCGAGGAGGCAGCCGCCAAGGCUCACCCCCAAGAGCAUGCUUCACAGUUUGUGCAGGUCGCUUUCUCUGCCAGGAAAUUUCAGAAGCCCCAAGAAACUGAGGAGCAACAGUUGCAGUUGCUUGCAACGAGAUACGAUAUCCUCUUGAGUCAUGCAUACGAAUGCUCUUCCCUUGGCAGACUGUUGAAGGACAAGUGCGAAACAGAUCGGGUCAGUCUUGUUGCCGAAGCCCUGGGUGGCAAGGCUCUCUCGACUUUGAAGAAGCGGUUGUCCAGUCUCGCCCGCCUGGUGGGAUGGUGCUCGAACCAAGGCAUGUCGGCUUUCCCGAUUGACUCUCAGGUGUUGAUUGAGUACACCCAGCAUUUGCAGCAGAGUGGUGCCUCGCACUCUGUGUUCGGAUCUUGCAUUGAAGCGUGCAACUUCGCUAGAUUCAUCUUGGGUGUGGAUGCCACUGGUGAGCCUCAUAAGCACCCACUUGUGCAAGGGCGACUUCGCAAGGUGCGGUUCAAUCGUCCGCCUCGUGUGCAGGCGAGGCCCUUCCAGGUUCGAGAGGUGGCAUACCUUGAGGCUUUUGUCCAGGACAGCCGCCGUGAUGCAAGGGAUAGGUAUGCUGCAGGUGCUUGCUUGUUUUGCAUUCACUCGCGAGCCCGUGUAGGGGAUGUGAGGGCAGUCAAAGCAAUGUUCAUCGAUUUUGCAGAGGGUAACCCGUUGGGGCUCGAGUUGAGCCUAGUGGCCCCCGAGCGGGGUGUGGGUCAAGGUCUUUGGGCCAAAGCUUGGGUUGAGGUGUGGCGCCUGUCGGGCCACCCAGUCGCCACCGGAUCCUGCAGCCUGCCUUUGCUGCAGUCGCCUAUGCUCAAUGGGUCUUGGAGUGGUCGCCGGAUUCCGACGGGCAGGUUUGUGACCUGGAUUUCUUCGAUCCUCAAGUCUGGGGAUGAGAGCAUGGGGUUUGAUCUCAAGGGUCAUUCGUGCAAGCAGACUGCACUGUCGUGGGCAAGCAAGACAGACAUGUCCAAGGACUCCUGCACCAUCCUGGGGCACCACUCCUUGAAAGAUAGACGAUCGGUCGUGACCUACUCCAGGGACAUUCAAGCUGGGCCAUUGCGACGGGCGCUGUGUCAGAUGUACUGUGACAUUCGGUGUGGCAGGUAUCUCCCAGACAUGACCAGGUCCGGUCUUUAUGCAAAGGGCCCUGCAUCUGCCGACUCGGCCGAGGAGCUGCCUGGCGACAGCGUGUUCGAGACUGAGGCGGAAAGAAACUGGUACCGGCCGGCGGUCAGCCCUGGCUCAGCUUGUGACUCAGAAGCCCUUCCUUGUGCGAAUGCUUUUGCUUCCGAGCCUGGCCUCAGCGAUCAAAGGGAUGCCAGUGACGAUGACACCCCUUUCGGUCGCGCUGUGGACUCCCUAAUCCAUAGUGCAGAGCGUGCUGCGUGGGAAGAUCCGGAUGCUGCUUUCGAGGACGAUAGGUCUCAGGGGGAGGAGCCAGACUCCUCGUCGUCCAGCGAGUCUAGUUCCGAUUCAGGCUCGUCCGACAGCGAGAUAGAUGAAGUCCUGACUGCGAGCCAAGCAGACCCCCCGGUGGGGCAGAGGUAUCAUGAUCGGUGCCCUGUCUAUCAGCAGAAGAACACCAGGACUCUUCAUCUUAAGCCUGCGGGAAGCUCCAUGGAGCGUUUCAUAUGUGGCCGAGAUAUCACGGCGGCUUUCGAAGAAAGGGCCAAGGAAUGUGGGCUGACGCAAGCUGAGCUUGAUGUGCUCGUGCGUAAGGGUUUGACAUCCUUGUCGCUCCUUGCCUUCAGUGUCUCGACCCCGGGCGAAGUACCGCAGGAGGCUGAGCUCAGGUCCAUCCUUGAUCCCACGGACCCCACGACUGUGCCGUUGCGUGCACUGUCGGCGCUGCGGCGCCUCAUGUUUGAGGCUCAAACUCUGUCCAUUGCACAGCUUAAAAGCUCGAUUGAGGGUGAAGGUGAAAAGAAAGCGGAGUUGGCCCCUGCUGAGAGGACGAAUCGUAUAACCGAUCAGCGGAAAAGGCUCGUGGGGCUCAGCUUGACUGGUCCUUUGGAAAACGCUUUCAGCAAUUACACUUAUGUCGCCCAGGUCGUUGAUCAAGAUUGCCUGUCCUAUUUGGAGCCCCACAGGUUCCUAACCAGGACCAUGGAGGUGAAUCGAGAAAAGCCAGGGAAAGAGUUGAUCUUAGAUGAGGGCUCGCGCAUGAGUAUCCGCGACAAGGCCCACAAGGAUAAGUGUGGCAUUCAGAAUGAGUUGCAGCUAUCCGAAGCCCUGUGUCGCAGGGCACUUGCUUGCGACCUUUUGCAGCUUUGCACUUUUGCCUCCAUGGACUUGUGGCACAGGCAUCUGCUUGCCAAGCUAUCGGAGCAGCCGCCUCCAUACUAUGCUAAGGUUUCGAUGGAGCAACUGCUCAGGUGCGACAAGGCGGCAUGGGUACGCAUGAGUGAGCUCUUGACUUCUCUGAAGAAAGAUGACGCGGGAAACCUGCCAAUGGAUGCUGCUCUGGACAAGCUUCAGUACGAUCCAAAAAUCAUGAUGCAUCUGGCCCCGCUUCCUGGGGCUAAGUGGAAGGGCGAUGGAAAGGGCGACAAGGGCACAAAGCGUGAUGCCGAUGGCAAGCCGAAGUUGCCUCCUCACCGACCCGGUAAAGGUGCAGGUAAGGGAAAGUGUCCUGAAGCGUUGUCCGACUCCCGCUUGAAGCACAACUGUGUUUUCCGACAUGGGGGCAUCGUUGGCCUCACAAACACUUGUCGCUCUUUUCCUCAAUCGGUUCACUGUGAUGUGAACAACGAUGAUGCUGACAAUCUUGUGCUGGGUGUCACCGACUUUUCAGGAGUGCCUCUUGAUAGUCUCAUGUUCCUCGAUGUGUUCUGUGGUUCGGCAACCCUCUGUGCUGCUUUGCGUCAGCUGGGCAUGAAGCUGAGCGUUGGUUUGGACCGUCAUGCACAACGUGGUUGCAAAUGUCCCGUUGUCUCCCUGGACCUUACGAAGCCGGGAUCCCGAGCCAUUCUGCUCGACCUCCUUAGGCAGCCACAUGUUGUUGCGUGCCAUUUGUCUCCACCUGUGACCACCAGCUGUGUCGGUUUGGCGGGCCCUCGCCCAAGUGGCCUUCGCAAUGCAGCGCAUCCUGAGGGUCUGCCAGGUCUUCAAGGUGCUGAUCUUGAUUUGGUCAAUGGGGCUAAUGCCCUGUUUGCCAUGUGCGCAGAGGUCUGGCAUUUCUGUUGGAGUCAUGGGGUGUUCUGCUCCAUUGCUCACCCCAGCCGAUCCAUCAUGUGGCUCACUGCUUCACUUCGGUCUUGCCAGGCCUCUCCCUUCCUCUCUACUUCUUUGCAUCAGUGUAUGUUCGGCUCCUACAGACGAAAGGCUACCCGCCUUCUGCACACGGUUCCCUUCCUGCAGAAACUUGGUGUGACGUGUGACGGUGCCCACGCUCACGAGCCGUGGCGCUCUCCGGCGUGCAAUCGCGCCAAAGACGCUGGCCUCCCGCCUAUGCUGUGCAAAUCCUUUGCCCACGCACUUGUGGAUCAACUGCUUGCAUGCGGUGCACGCGGUCGGAAGAUCCCUCCGCUGGUGCCUGAGUUUUCUCGCACAGUCAAAGUGUCGAGCACAGCUCGGAAGAAAGAGCUUGACGAGAGCUUUGACGGACCCGUACAUUGCAAGAAGAUCCUAGCUGGGAAACCCUUGAAACUCUUCGGGGAGAUGGUCAAAGCUGCUGGGCAUGCCGAUGCAAACCUUGUACGAGAUAUACAGAACGGCUUCGACCUGCUUGGUGAAAUCCCUUCCUCGUCUGUCUUGCCGAAGAAAACCACCGUGGCAUCCCUCAGCAUCGAGGACGUAAGAAUCGCCACCCCGGCGAAUCAGCGUGCGAUCUGGGAAGCCACCCGCACCUGCAGGGAUCCCGAAAUUGCUUCGGAAGUGUAUCGCCUUACCUUGGAGGAGCGGGACAAAGGGUGGCUCACUGGACCCUUCUCUCUCGCCGAUGUGCCGGAGACUGCCAUUGUUACGCGCCGCUUUGGCGUCAGGCAAGGUGUGACGACGACGGCCAACGGUGUGGCGGCAAAGAUCCGUCCGAUCGAUGACUUCACGGAAAGCUUAGACAUCGACGAGGGGGCUGCGCAGGGGGUCCCUGAUAACCUACGAUGCUUGAUUAUGCAGUGGGUAGAGACUACCACUUUCCAUGUUGUGCAGGACGAUGCUGAAGCCAAGUUCUCCUCCAGUCGAGGAAUCAGACAAGGCUGUCGCUUAUCACCAUCACUCUGGGUGUGCAUCUCGGUGUACUUGCUGCAUUUGCUUGAGCAGGAGAUGGGGUCCCAAUGGUGCAACGAUCAUCUGGUGGGCUUUGCUGAUGAUACUCAUCUUCGUUGGGAUAUCCAUGAUGCGGUGCAGCUACAUCAGGCUCUUGCACAAGCACAUCGGGCAUUACAGCUCCUGGAAAAGGCGGGUCUCAAACUUAGUCGGGACAAGACGGUUUGUCUGCUACGGGUUGAAGGUGUUCAGACUCCACACAUCAAGCGGCAGCUCAUCGACAAGACCAAGGACGGCCGAGUCCUCAAAAUCAGCCCGGACUACAUCCUGCCACUCAAACAGGAUCACAUUUACUUAGGCGCUUGCAUCACAUAUGGGGACUUUGAGCACAAGAACAUGCAGCACCGAGUCCAUGCAGGCAAAGUGGCAUUCCAGCGAGUUCGCAAAUUUCUCAUGGCAGACAAGGCAGCCAGCAUGCAGAAGAGGCUUCGACUAUGGAAGGCCAUUGUCAUCCCAACUGUCAUGUACUCAAUCACUGCUUCCGGUGUUCUCCCCAAGGGGUUCGACGCACUUCGCGUCAUGUUGACCAAGCAAGCGCGAGCCAUCGCGCGCAGCCCCAGACACAGGCUGGGAGGUGAAACCGGUGAAGAGGUUAUCACGGAAUCCGAUGAAGUUUUCUGGCGAAAGGUGGCAAUGGUCACUCCCGAACAGAUGGUGCAACAGAGAUUGCAGGCCGCCGUGGAACGCACAACGGAGCUUACGCAUCACUUAGCGACACAGGAUGUUCGAAUCAGCGCGGCUGUUCGGGAGUGGGAGCAGACCAUUUUGCAGCAGUUCAAGGACCGUUGCAUUCAGAGCGAUAGCGUCACUACUGUUCACAAGUGUGAUGUUUGCAAUGCGGAGUUCGGUGACUACAGUUCUUUGCGGGCACACAAGGCUAAGGUCCAUAGUGCGGAGAGGCGGCAGACUGCAGCGCCAACCUUUGACAGGCAACGUCACGGUGUGGAUGGAAUGCCGACGUGUUCCAUGUGUGGGCACAAAUUUCUGCGGUGGGCUGAUUUGCAGAAACAUGUUGCAGGGAACUUUUGUCAACAGAGCACACCCGACACCGAGGCGAGUACCAUGGUUGAGGCCAAGGCUUCCGUCUGGGAUCAGGCUCGGGAUGGCACGCUUCAGCUCGAUGACAUCAGCUUGGCAACGGUCACCGAGGAGCUCAAGCAGGUACCUGUGCAUGGUGUCAUCGGCGGUGAUGUCACCACGGUGAGUGCGGAGCCAGGGCCGGACCAGUUCAUGGACAUCUUCGCAGCGACGAUGCCGGCGCUUCGGGAAAUAGCAGCCAAAAGAGCCGCCGAGCAGGUCGAGCAGAACGGCUCCAACAAGAGGCCGCAUCUGGAAGUGACCAAGCAGACCAAGGGCAAAGGCUGGGGGAAAAGCCGAGGCAAUCGCUUCAACAACGGCUGGGGGAACCGUUGGAACACACAGGCACCGGCUCCGGCACCAUCCACGGUUUCUUUAGAAGAUCUUCAGCAAAUGAUGCACUUGGUUGCUCGGCUGCUGGUUCAACAGGACAACGAGAUUCAGAUGCUCAAGAUGGACAAGCAGUUUCUGCUACAUUUCGAGACGGGGCCCCAGGGAAUGGUUCACUUGUUUUGGGAGUCGGCACAGGUCUGGAAGAAGGCCAAGGAAGCCCAGCCCCCGACGGUGGACAAAUCGUUGCGCGUAACCUUGAUUCUGUGCAUGAUGAUGGAGCUAGAAGGCCGCUUGACGAAGAUGCUUGCACACGAGCCGACCAAGGACAACAUGAUCAAGCAUGGUUGGCUCACCACUCUCCUCGGGCAGCCAGCUUGGCCAUACAUGAUUUGGACGGGGGAGAAGUUGGAACUCGACUCCACCAAAGCGGCGAUCCCUCACAGCGAGAUGACGGAGAUCAUAAAGGAGAUCAAGAAGGCGCUCUUCGACAAGUCCGAAGAACUGGUGCACAAGUUCCACAGCGUGCGCCCGUUGGCGGAGCAGAUGGAGGGCGACACAUUACCUUUUCUCUUGUCAAUCAGCACGAGAGGGGCUCUGGCGGAUCGGACGUUCGAGCUUUUUCGAAAGCUGGAGGGCAACACGGUUCUAAGGGUCGUGGGUGAGUUCGUGACCAAGACGCAGAGGCAGGUCCUUGGAGUGCGGUUGCAGAACAAUCACAACGUGUGUUACAUCAACUCGCUGGCUCUGCUGUGGGCGUGGGCUUCAUCGUUCAGCAAUAAUCUUGAGUACUUUGCAGGUGCGGCGACUCCGGCUCUCCGAGCCAUUCUUACGAGCAAGGGGAGUGUACUUUGCAAACAGUGGUGGAUCAGUGGAGUGCUCAGGUUCGGCUAUGAUGAUGGUGAGGCCUUCAAGCGCACAAUGUCGGCGCGGGUGUACAAUCCUCGCUGGACGCAGGAGGUUGUGCAUGCUGUCGGGGAUGUGGCUCGCCACUCCUACGGGAGAUGGGGAUACACGCAGUACAAAGGCACAGCGGUCGACGAAGGCGACCUCACGGGCAUGUACACCAACAAAGCACAGCAAACUUGCCGUCAGCGUCACAGGUACACAGGGUCAUUGACACGAUCGGAGGCCUCGCUCUCUUUGCUUUCAUGGAAUUGCGGGGGACUCAGUACACUGCAGGAUGAGAUGUUCACUUGGCUUGCUUCCACCGAUUACCAGAUAGUAUGCCUACAAGAGACAUGGUUUAAGAGUCACAUGGACUACAGCACCAGGGGCUGGCAUUGUAUCAACUGCGGCGUCGGCGAGAGCGCAAAGCGGGGGCACGCAGGAGUGAUGGUUUUAUUGAGGGCUAGCCGAUUUGAUCAGCAGAGCAUUCGCUUCAAUUAUGUGGUGGCAGGGCGACUCUUGCACGUGAAAGCCUACGGCAAGGGCAUAGGCUGGGUGGAGAUAGUCAACGUCUACCAGCAUGCGUGGGGACUGCACGGCGAACAGACCACCAUAGAGGCCAAGAGGGCUACGCUCUGGGAGAAGAUGAGGCUGACGUUGGGCCAGAUCCCUCAGAGCAGUGCACUUAUCGUUUGUGGUGAUUUCAAUACAGUCAAGGAGCAUCCCGAACUUGUGGAGCAGUUUCAGCAGCAGGUUGCGGAAUCACUAACGGCUGUCACCUCUUACGAGCCCCAGCAGCUGAAUGACCUGCUGCUUGAGGCGGGCAAAAAGGUCUUCACGAUCCGGAGGCCCCCGAGCUUACCUGCUCCAGCUGAGGACCCAGAACAUGUCGUUACCAUCAAAACCAUGUGGGGACACUACAGGGAGAUGCGCAAAGCUCAGCUGGAUUGCUCCGGCAGUGGGCGGGCUACGCUGCGAGGAGCCAUUCAGGCUUGGCGACAUUGGAUGCAGUUCCAUCGCAUGCAUCGGCAGGUACAGAAACACAGUCGUAGUUUGCGACGGCAGCGGUUCGAAAGGCUCCUGGCUGAGGCGCAGGCCCAUGAACGCUCGGGUUGCAGUUCGGCGAUCUUCGACUUAUUGCGUAGGCAUGCACCGAAGCAAGCCCGUCGGCGUGCACAACUGCGAGAUGUGCGUGGCAAGCUCAUGACUCCAGCAGAAGAAGCACAGGUAUUGCUCACCUUUUGGCAAAGUGUCAAUGGUGGAACCAGGCCCAGUGGAGACGAGCCCACCAGCUACACGUUCCAUAUCACAUGCGAGGAGCUCAGAGAUGCUCUUCAGCGGUUGCAGGGUAACAAAGCAGCACCCAAACAUUGUGCUCCACACGUGUUCUGGAGUAUGGCUUCGGAGCACAUUGCCACGUUCAUGAGCGAGCAGGUGUUCCAUGAUUGGCAGCAGGGCGGCACUCGUGUCCCUCAGGACUGGGCUUCGGCAUGGCUGGUGUUCCUAGGAAAAGCGGGCAAAAUCGGGGAUUCUCCCGCGCAUCUCAGGCCCAUAGCACUGCUCGAGCCCAUGGGCAAAGCGGUUGCCGGCAUCUUGAAGGAUCGUUUGAUGCCGUUUGUACAACCCUGGACUGCACCGCAGCACCUGCAUGGCUAUCUCCCACACCGUUCUCCUCUUCAGGCUCUCUGUGUGGUCUUCGCACACUGUCGCGACGUUAGGGCGGCUGCGCAGGCACAAGGUCGCUCGCUUUACGAUCUACGAGCAGGACACAAGCGAGGCUCAUGCGCCGGUGGUCUACAGCUCAGUAUAGAUUGUACCCAAGCAUUCGACAGAAUCAGCCGCGACCUACUGCAGAGAGCACUGGAGAUGCUGGAGGUUCCCGCCGAUUUAAUCGGCAUCAUCAUGCAGUGGGUCCAUUCAACCAAGUUCCACAUAGGCGGACAUCCAGAUGAAGUACAAUAUGGCUCCGACAAGGGCAUUAGACAGGGGUGCAAGCUCUCACCGACUCUCUGGGUCUGCAUCUCGGUAUACUUGCUUAGACGCAUGGACAACACCUUGGGAUUGAAUUGGUGCCAACAGCACGGAGUAGGAUUCGCGGACGACUUGCACUUCAGGUGGAGGUUUGAGGACGUGGCUGGCAUGCAGCUGGCACUCAAACAGGCGGGCACCGUCUUGCAACUCCUUACUGCCUGCGGACUCAUAAUCAGCAAGGAGAAAACUGUUUGCCUGCUUAGAGCAGAUGGGGUUCAGGCACCGAAUGCAAUCAAGAAGGUGGUACGCAAGACCAAACAAGGCAAGCUGCUCAAGCUCGACAUGAACUGGGAAAUGCCGCUCAAGAAGUCGCAUAUCUAUCUAGGGGCCUGCAUCUCCUACGAGAACUUCGAGUCACAGAACAUGCAGCAUCGACUUCAGGCAUGCCGUGCAGCUUUCAGCCGAUUACGUACCACGCUCAUGGCGCACAGGGCCCUCAACAUGCACCGACGACUCCAACUGUGGAAAGCAACAGUGGUGACCUCAGCUAUGUACUCACUUCUGGCCUCGGGUUUUAGUGCAAAGACGAUGGAUCAGUUUCGGGUUGUGCUCACGCGGCAAGCCCGCGCCAUUGCUCGCAGCCCAGUUCACUUGGACCUAGAGAACAAUGAUAAGUUCUGGCGGCGGAUAGGCAUCAUUGCGCCAGUGGACAUGAUCCUGCAACGGCUCGAACGAGCCGUCACCGUCACCACCACCUUGAAGGCCAAACUGAGGGAAGAUGAUGCCAGGAUAUCCAGUAUCAUCCUUGAUCACGAACAGGCCGUUCUUGCUCGGACCCGGGAGAUAUUGACCGAGGCCCAAAAGGCCGCAGGCGACGCAGAAGACAGUCUGACACAUGUGUGUCAGGAGUGCGGCGCUAAGUUUGGCACCUGGGCAGCGCUGCGUGCACACGCGGGCAAGCUUCACAGUCAGGCCCGAAGACAGGAGGCCAAAGAGCAAACACCCGACUUUGACCAGCAGCGGCACGGGAAGGACGGAAUGCCCAUUUGCUCGCAAUGCAAUCAUCGCUUCCCACGGUGGGCAGACCUCCGCAAACACAUUGAGGGCGGCCACUGUCAGGCAGCAUCCACCAUUGCGACGGAGCCAGCAUCGGGCACAGAUAAAGACUCGGUCAUGCAAAUUGUCAGGGCAGGGCAGCUCGAUGUGCAAAACUUGCGAGUGGAGGCCGUCACGGCUGAUCUGCGAACGGAGCUCAUGCAGCAUUGCGCACUUUGCAGGCAGUGGCACCACGACCACAAGCAGCAUAUCGACAAAAUCAAGGUGAUGUGUGAGUGGUCCAUCCACGUGAGCAACGAGCACAAUGUACCCAGCCAAGCCAGUGCGCCUGACAUUCCUUUUCCUGCAGAGGCAGAGAUCAAAAGAUGGCACGGUGGCUACGGCAAGAAGGUCAAACAUGCCAACAGCUGCUCUGAACUCAUACAGAAUGAGUUGGCCACGGCGGACAUGCAGUUCCAGGAAGUGUUCGGUCCGGUGUUGGGGAAGCGGUUGCUGCAGGAGGAGCCGAAGGUCCAGGACAGACCGAGCAAGCAGAACAAACCGGCCAACAGGGGACCCAAAGGCAAAGGAAAGGGCAAAGGAGGUGGAAAGCAGUUCCGAAAGCCACAGCACCAGCCCAGCAGCUGGAACAGUGGAUACAGCGGGGACAUGGACUGGCUCGUGGACGCCAUCCAACUGAUGGCCAGAAUGAUGGUGAGACAGGAGGAUGUCCUGCACGUCCUCAGGCAGUCGACCGGGUGGGUGUGGUGGCUAAGCAUCUCCACACCAACCAUAGUACCGGAUCUUUUCCAGGCGGCGCAGGUGUGGCGGAAGGAGGUGUCCCAACCCGACAGCAAGAUGGCCAACACCAGUCUCCGAUCGGCGCUCUUCUGGUGUCUGCUGCACCAGCUGGCAGCGACACUGGGGAGCAUGGACCAGACGAAACUGGCGGAGGCGAACAAACAAGGCUGGCUCACGGCGGAAGUCGUCCAUCUACUGAACGACAUGAAGGGCUUGGUGAGCGGCGACACAGUGUCGCGCUUUCACUCAACGAGGCCACUAGUGGAACAGAUGUCGGGGCACAUGCUCACCAUGGUUAUGGACAUAUCGUUCCGCAAAGCCUCAGCGAAUGCGUUAUACAGCAAACUGGAGAAACUUCAGGGAAGUGCGGCGCUACAGGUGUGCGGAGUUCAGUAUCGCAAGGAAGGCUUCAAGCGCUCGCCGGGAGCGCAGAGGUCUACUCUGGUCGCUUGUCUCGCUCGGGCAGUGGGCGACAGUCUUCACGAGGUUGUGGACAGGGGCGAUUGCGUGGAAGCAAUCACGCUACAGUGUUGCAGUGGCUGUGAAGACUCAGAUGUGACCUUGCAGGUGUUGCGACUUCCUGCCCCGUGGUUUGAGACAGCACUUACGCCUGAGAUGUAUUAUUAUGACCCUCGCCCGGACGACGACAUGCCGGAUGACGAUGCCACCAUCAUUGACUCUUCUUUGCGCAGCAGCUCCAGUCAAUCAUCUUUGGCCUCCGAUUGUUCUUGCUGCUCUGACGGGUUUGCGAUUGAGUUUGAUCUUGUGCGCACGCUGUCAGAUGCUUUCACUGACAUGGGGGAGUCCCGGUGCUUUACAACAGGUGCCUACAUCUUCGGUGGCGAAGCGGGGCCCUUUACAACUGUCACACUCUCGCUGAAUCAGCAGUCUGGGGUACAUGUGGAUGCACGCAACAGCCGGACUUUUCAAAAUAUUGUGAUUCCGGCCGGCUAUUGGGACGCUGGCGAACUUUGGGUCUCCAGGGACAGUGGCUGCAUCACAUUCCCAGGUACCGAGCUGCUAGGCGAUGUUGUGCCAGUAAAACACCCUUUUACCUUGCUGGAUGCAACGCAGCCGCAUGCAGUGUUUGACUGGACGGGAGAGCGGACGGUCGUCAUUGGUUUUCACAUACGAGAUGCAUGGAGACUUCAACCGGAUGAUCUCGCCAUGCUUGCUGAUGCUGGCUUCCAUGUUCGGACCUGUGAGCGAGUGACUGACCCAUACAUGUCGGUCAUCGAGGUCCUGCUCCACAUCCACUGGAGCGUGUUCUUCGACGAUUUUGUAGCAGUAUCCUCUCCGGAGGAAAAGGGCCAUCUUGAUCUUGUGUUGCGGUCGUACUUUGCCUUGAUCGGCUGGGAAACGUCUGACGAAAAAGCUAGGAAGCGUGAGCUCGUGUCCACGAUCGAGUCCAUCGUACAGCAAGGUGGAGUGCAUGCCAAAGAACUUGAGUGCUUGCGUGGCCGUCUUCAGUUCGCUGAGUCGCAAGUGUUUGGUCGGGGUGCGGCCCAGCGCAUGCGAGCUAUAUCAAAAGCAAUGAAGCUCUCGGGCUUUGUAGUUCUCGAUGAUUCCUUGACCGAGGCCCUGCUCUUCUUGAAAGAUCGAGUUUUGCACGGGGAAGCAAGGAUGAUCAGGGCUUGCGAUCGUUCCACCUACCACUUGUUCACAGACGCUUCCUACGAAGCGGAUGCGCCAGCCGGCCUAGGAGGCUUUCUUUACAGCGAUAGGGGUUUGCUCCUUAGGUGGUACUCCGAGUCUGCCGACCCAGACGUUCUGGAGGCCAUAAACAAAGAGGGCAAGCAAGGUCUGAUCUAUGAAUUGGAAGCUUGUGCGGCAGUGCAAGGUGUGGUGCAACUUUGCAACUCUUUGAGUGACUGCAAUCUCAUUUGCUAUUGUGACAAUGAGGCCGCCCUCGCGGCCCUCAUCAAGUGUGCUUCCGAUUCCCCGGUGGUAGCAUCGCAGCUCAACAAGCUCAGCAUGCUUGAGGAUGAGAAAGGAAUCAGCAUAUGGUUUGAGAGAGUGGAGUCAUCUGCGAACCCUGCCGAUGAUCCUUCGCGAUUUGUGUUUGGCAAGCUUCCUACCAACUUCAGAGUCCGUUGGGCCCCAGGCGAAGAGCUGUUGUUCUAG